GUGCAAUCAUACCCUGAGGACUGGCGAGAAUCCGAGGUCCCUGGUGACCAUCAGGCUAAGGGCGCCAAUGAUAACAACCCUAUAGACCAGCCGGUGAGUACUCUCCAACAGCUGCUGUCGUCGUUGUCAUCAACGAGCCCUCAUAAGAUUCACGAGGCAUGCUUGGCUGGCGACCUCGAUCGUAUCAAGCAACUCGUGAAAGCUGGUGCUUCCAUCAAUGCUCCCGGUACGUUCAUAGUCGCCUAUUGCCGUGAAAUUUGA